AUGACAGCCACAACACACCCCGAGUUCAAUGAGAAGACUGAAGGCAUGGAAGUGGCCAAGGCAUUCGCUGAGGCGAUUCGCGGUAAGACCAUAUUGGUCACCGGCGUGAAUCGCGGAGGGAUUGGGUUCACGACUUCGGAGGCUUUGGCCUCUGAAUUGCCAGGCCACCUCAUCAUUGCAGGCCGCAACCCAUCCAAAACCCAGGAGAGCAGAGAUGCUCUCAAGACGCAAUUCUCCAACGUGGACUACCGUCCUCUCAAACUCGACCUCUCUAGCCAGCAAGCCGUUCGUGCUGCAGCCGCCGAGGUCCUUUCUUGGUCCGACAUACCAGCCAUCGACAUCGUCGUGAACAGCGCUGCCGUAAUGAACAUCCCAGAGCGCACGCUUGGUGAAGACGGAAUCGAGAUGCAUUUUGCGACCAACCACAUCGCGCACUUCCUGUUCACCUGCUUGAUUAUGCCCAAGCUUCUCAAAGCCGCCGAGGCCAACCCCAAAGGAGCCACACGAGUGAUCAGCGUCAGCUCGCUCUCUCCCCAGACAGCAUGCAUGCGAUGGAGCGACAUCAACUUCGAGAAAAGAAACAAAGACCUGCCGGAAACGGAGCGGCCGUUUUACGACAUGCACAGGUUGUGGGGAGCGAAGGAUAUGGAGAAUAAGGCGCAUUUACCGCUAGAGGGGUACAAUCAGAGCAAGGUGGCGAAUGUGUUGUUUGGCAUUGGGGCAAACAAGAGGUUGUGUGACAGUCAUGGGAUAUUGAGCCUGGCGGUUCAUCCGGGUAUAAUAGCUACAGAGCUCGGGAGGCACAACUUGCCGGAGACAAAGGAGGCAAUCCAGGACAUGCGGAAGAAGGGGUUGUUUUAUUACAAAACCAUGGGCGCAGGAGCGGCGACCAGUCUAGUUGCUGCGUUGGACCCGAAGCUGGGAGCAAGUGAGACUAAGGGUGGCAAAGAGAAUUACGGGGCGUACCUCAUUGAUUGCCAGAUCAGUGACAAAGCCUCUCCUCGGGCGGUGUCAAGCGACGAGGCUGAGAAGCUCUGGAAGCUAUCCGAGGAAUUGGUCAAAGAGAAGUUUGCUUGGUGA